ACCUUUCUACAUGGGAGUCUGCCACUGAUGACUCCCCAUGACUCCCGUAGUCUGUUACUACGCCAGUAGUGUCUACUGUCUCUUCAAUGGCAAACUACUUUUUGCUUUAAUAUGUGACACAGGACCUCUGAACUCUGUGUUCGGUGUCAAAUUCUUACCCCUGCCUUUGUCUGGUGGCGACUUGUCGCGACGCAGCGAGGGGGAAGAGAAUACAAAUGAAGCUGUAUAUUUUUGUAACAGUAAUAUUUUUAAAAUUAAUAAUUUAUACUCAGUGUGUUCAUUCUUUACUGGUUAAAGUCUGAAAGUGUUAACUAGUCUUGUUAGUCUGUGGACCCUCAGAUACAUGCCUUCUUACAGUGCUGUCUUUUGCAUAGUUUUUGUUUAAGUGUUUUAACGUUUCAUAUUUACUCAAUUUAACUCCAAAAUACAGACUUAACUAAAACGUUUCUUCAACCAUCAAAGUUUGGCGUCUAAGAGGAAGUCUGAAAGCCUGGAGAAGCGCCCCGCGCUCAAUCUUGAGCACUUCUCUGCUCGCUUCAACACUUACAGCUGACACACACCUCACACCUGUUGCUCUCUUGCUUAAGUAUGUUGUUAUUUAUACGAGCUUUGUUAAACUUUUCUCUUUGAAGAACAUUAAUACAAAAAACACUUAACAUUUGUCAUUGAGUGUGGUGGAAGCCGAACUAAUGUGUUACUUGUUUAACAAUUGUAUAAUUUAACGUUGAAUUAGUCAGUUUUAUGGUGUUGUGUAUAUUUAAACAGUAUGACACUAAUAUAUAUUAUUGGUUGCAAUACAAGAAAGAUUCGAUGGUGAGUUCAAGUUCUAAGUUAUUGUAUUUACCAAUCAACAAGGUACAAGUAUAUAUAUAUUCAGUCCAGGUGCUAUGGGACUGUAGUGGCUUCAGUCCAGGUGCCAAGGGACUGGAAAGGCUUCAGUCCAAGAGACUGGAGAGGCUUCAGUCCAAGGGACUGGAGAGGCUUCAGUCCAAGAGACUGGAGAGGCUUCAGUCCAAGGGACUGGAGAGGCUUCAGUCCAAGAGACUGGAGAGGCUUCAGUCCAAGGGACUGGAGAGGCUUCAGUCCAAGAGACUGGAGAGGCUUCAGUCCAAGGGACUGGAGAGGCUUCAGUCCAAGAGACUGGAGAGGCUUCAGUCCAAGGGACUGGAGAGGCUUCAGUCCAAGAGACUGGAGAGGCUUCAGUCCAAGGGACUGGAGAGGCUUCAGUCCAAGAGACUGGAGAGGCUUCAGUCCAAGAGACUGGAGAGGCUUCAGUCCAAGAGACUGGAGAGGCUUCAGUCCAAGGGAUUGGAGAGGUUUCAGUCCAGGUGUCAAGGGACUGGAGAAGCUUCAGUCCAGGUGACAAGGGACUGGAGAAGCUUCAGUCCAGGUGACAAGGGACUGGAGAAGCUUCAGUCCAGGUGACAAGGGACUGGAGUGCCCCGUAUGAAGCUGUUACGCUCGCUAUGUUUUUACUAAAUAAAAAAAUCUAAGAAU